UAGCGUUUCUUCCGAGAUUUUUGAAAUUACAUUGAAAUCAAAAUAGUAAAAUUCAAAGUAACAUUUUGCUUCAUUUGUUGAAUAUUGGUCCCUAAUUUACAAUAAAUAACUUUGUAUAUUUAUAUGCUCCUUUAUCAUUGAUGCACACUAACAUAACCUCACUUAUAAAGUGUCAAAUCAAAUAGUAUCGUUGCCGCAUUACACGUGGUUGACGUAUUUUAUAUUAUGUUCUGAUAUUUCUUUAAUUUACACAUUUGCAUUAUGUUAGCAACAAAAACUUUUUUUCGAAAGACUAAGGGAGGCAAUAUAUAUAAGGUUGUAAGGGAACAUUAUCUUAGAGAUGAUGUUUGGUGUGGAUCCGAAGCUUGUACUUUAUGCAAAAGUCGAAAUGCGGUCUUGGAUGAAACGAGUCCUGGAGCUAAAAGUUCCUUAUUUCCCGAACCACAUUACUUAUUACUUGACACCAACAUCGUACUCGAUCAGAUAAAUGUUUUGGAAGAAGAUACACUUUGCAAUGUAAUAAUCUUGCAAACAGUACUGGAGGAAGUAAAACAUAGAAGUUCCAAUGUGCACACUAAGUUAAAAGAAAUUAUUUCUGAUCCGAGUAGAAAUUUCUAUGUAUUCGUUAAUGAACAUCACAAAGAUACAUACAUAGAACGAAAUCCAGGCGAAAAAGUGAAUGAUAGAAAUGAUCGAGCUAUAAGAGUCGCAACAAAAUGGUAUAACACUCAUUUUAAAACGCAAGAUGUAGACAUCAAAGUAGUUCUCUUAACUGAUGAUGUACAAAAUAGAGAAAAGGCUCGUUCAGAAUCAAUCCCAGUCUCAUCGAUGCAAGAUUAUGUAUCCUCGAUGGAAGAUCCAGGAUUCUUGAUAGAUAAACUAAGCAGGAAAAGCUAUGAUGUCGAUGGUGAAUCAAAGGAGCCACUGUUUCCUUGUCAUCUUCCACCAUCUCAAUUACACGAAGGAAUAAAAAGUGGGAGAUUUAUGCAAGGAACGUUCCUCGCUUCGAGAGAAAAUUUCCUCGAAGGAUCAGUUAAUGUCGAGGGAAUUGAAAAGUUUGUCUUAGUGCAAGGACGAGCUGGUUUAAAUCGUGCAGUCGAUGGAGAUGUCGUUGCUAUAGAAUUAUUGCCAGAAGAAAAAUGGACUGCUCCUAGCGACCUCGUACUUCAAGAUGAAGCACAGGACGAUCCGGGAGAUGUUUUAGAAGACGAGAAAAUUCUGAUAGAAGAGGCUCCUAAAAAACCUGUUGAAAGAACACCGACUGGAGUAAUUGUUGGCAUCAUUAGACGGAAAUGGAGGCAGUAUUGUGGAAUAUUGCAACAUUCCACGAAUAAAGAGAAUACGAGGCAUCUUUUUGUACCAGCCGAGUCAAAAAUCCCAAAAGUUAGAAUCGAAACACGACAGUAUGAAUCUCUUAGUAAGGAUAGGAUUAUAGUGGCAAUUGAUUCGUGGCCACGACACUCCAGAUAUCCUCUUGGACACUUUGUUCGUGCUUUGGGACCGAUUGGAGAUAAGGCAACGGAAAAUGAAGUUUUGCUACUAGAGCAUGAUGUUCCACAUAGUAGAUUUUCAGAUGCUGUGCUUAGUUUCUUGCCCAAAUUGCCGUGGAUUAUUACAGAAGCGGACGUAGCUCAAAGAACGGAUUUAAGACACUUGGACGUCUGCUCAGUCGAUCCACCGGGUUGUACAGACAUUGACGACGCACUUCAUUGCCGAGAUUUACCGAACGGCAACCUGGAGGUCGGUGUACACAUAGCAGACGUCUCACACUUCAUCAGACCUGGAACUGCUAUUGAUAAAGAAGCUGCGCUGCGCGCAACGACUGUUUACCUUGUAGACAAACGAAUUGACAUGGUUCCAGAAUUGCUGAGCUCAAAUUUGUGCUCCUUGAGGGGCGAGGAAGAACGAUUUGCAUUCUCUUGUAUCUGGGAAAUCGAUCAUGAAGCCAACAUUAUUAAAACAGACUUUUGCAAGUCCAUCAUUCGUUCGAGACGCGCGAUGACUUACGAAGAAGCUCAGCUAAAAAUCGACGAUCACUCGGCAAAUGAUGCGAUCGCUCUUUCUUUAAGAGGCCUUAAUAAUCUCGCGAAGAAGUUGAAAGCGAGACGAUUGGCGAAUGGAGCUUUAGUCUUGGCUUCACCCGAAAUUCGGUUCCAAGUCGACAGCGAAACUCACGAUCCCAUCGACGUGGAAGCGAAAAAAAUGAGAGAAACUAAUUCCAUGGUUGAAGAGUUCAUGUUGCUUGCGAAUGUCUCAGUUGCUGCGAAGAUCGUGAAAGAAUUUCCAGAGUGUGCGAUGUUGAGAAGACAUCCUGAACCUCCUCAGGCUAACUUUGAUCCUCUUAUCAAAGCAGGAAGACAUCAAGGCUUCGAGAUAAAUACGAACACAGGAAAAGAAUUGGCUAUCUCUUUGGAGGGAGCUCACAAAGAAGAUAAUCCUUACUUUAAUACGAUGUUGAAGAUUUUAGCAACUCGUUGCAUGAUGCAGGCUGUGUAUUUUACGAGUGGAAUGCUACAACCCUCAGAAUUCUUCCAUUAUGGAUUGGCUUGUCCGAUUUACACGCAUUUCACUUCGCCUAUUAGGAGGUAUGCUGAUGUAAUUGUUCAUCGAUUAUUGGCAGUUUGCAUUGGAGCUGAUGCAACUUAUCCCGAUUUGUUAGACAAAAAAUUUAAUCACAAACUUUGUCAUAACUUAAAUUACCGAAACAGAAUGGCUCAGUACGCUGGACGAGCUUCUGUUGCACUCAACACACACUUAUUUUUCCGAGGCAAAGUUCAGGAAGAAGACGGAUAUAUUCUCUUUGUGCGAAAGAACGCGUUGCAAAUUUUGAUUCCAAAGUUUGGCUUGGAAGGAACUCUUUACCUAAACAAGAAAGGAGAAUCAGGUCCUGUGAGUUUUAAAUACGAUGAAACCGAACACACCCAAACUUGUGGAAACGUCGUUUUUCGUUCGUUUGAUCAUGUGACUGUUCAGCUGAGUCUUGACAGAUCGAAUGUGCAACGAGAAAAGCUGGUAUUCAAGCUCGUCAAACCAGAGAUUCCAGGGUUCAGCAUUCCUAGUUCCGAAAGUUUAGACAAAGCUGCAAUGGAUGUCACUGAAACAACUCCUGAAACUUCAAAUUCAAUUCCUAGCGCGAAAGUUGCACUAGAGGCUUCCACCUCAAAUGAUCAGGAACUGCCAAAAAGGAAAGUAAAAGAUACCACGCCAGCUAAAAAAUCAAAUAAGAAGAGGAAAAAAUGGACCGACUGCGGAUAUUUGCAACGUCUUUACAACGUUAUUAAAACGUUGUUACAUCGUUAAAUCAACUUUCAUUC